AUGACUACUCCAAUCAACAUUUAUAUUAUCCUCUUUUCAUCCUUUUUAAUAUUUCAUUCAAUCAACGGUUGUAUUCCCGUAGGACAACAAUGCAAUUCCAACGAUGAUUGUUGUCCUAUUAAAGGUAUUGAUGUAACAUGUCAUGGCUCCUGGACACCUACAAAACAGAAAGGAAAGUGUAAGAAAAGUUGUGAUGAUAAAGGAGCAGCUUGUGACCCUGAUGUUUGGUCUAAUUGUUGCAACGGUUGUGAUAUUGAUCACAAAAAGUGUAAAUAA